UAUCCCUCUUGCCUGGCAAUUUUAAUCCAACCCACAAGAAACAUGAGCUGGGUCAGAAACUCCCACCCUAUCAUGGACCCAUUCUCAGACCCAGUAGACCAAUGAUUGUCAAGAGGAUCAAGUUGCUGGACCGUCUUAGUUCUGGAUCGGCCCAGGUUACGACCGACUUUUAUGGGUUCACAAAGAAGAAGAAACGCAGUGACGACCUCAUCUCAAUUGCGAGCAGCUACGGGGAGGAAGAAGAAGGAAAAUGGUGACGAGGGUUUUUGCUUCGGUGGCUCUCGGUAAAACCCAACAGCUCAGAAAUCUCUUAUUUUGUCCUUUAAUUUUCACUCCCACCGCACACAAAUUCCUUCUUCACAAACCCAGUAGUGUCGUUGAUGUUAUAUGCAAGGUUUGCAGUCAGGAUCCAAGUGCCAGUGGGCCACUCUAUGGGUUACAAAGGUUUUCUAUUUCGGGUAAAUGGAUUCAUUCGGGUCGGCUUCUGAAUGAGAUUGACCAAGUUGUGGAGCAAGCAGGCCACACUGGAAGCAGCACAGACGCCAAUGGUGCUUGUGAUGUUAAACCUAAGAGGAAGAAAUUGAAGGGAAAACGAGCAGUUGUAAGGUGGAUAAAGUUCUUUAGGUGGAAGAAGAAGAAAGAGUAUGAAAGAAUGACCACAGAAGAGAAAUAUUUGUACAAAUUGAGAAAGGCUCGAAAGAAAGAGGAAAGGCUUGUUGAUUCUCUAAAAAAGAUCGAACCUAAAGAUUCCUCAGAAACAACCCAUGAUCCGGAGAUUUUGACCCCUGAAGAGCACUUCUACUUUUUGAAAAUGGGCAUCAAGAGUAAGAACUAUGUGCCAGUUGGCAGACGAGGAAUAUACCAGGGUGUAAUCCUUAACAUGCACUUGCAUUGGAAGAAACACCAGACCUUGAAGGUGGUGGUGAAGACAUUCUCACCAGAGGAGGUCAAGGAGAUUGCUGCAGAACUGGCAAGAUUGAGUGGAGGGAUUGUGCUUGACAUUCAGGAAGACGACACAAUAAUUAUGUACAGGGGGAAGAAUUACUCUCAGCCACCAACAGAGAUAAUGUCACCUAGAAUCACUCUUCCCAGGAAGAAGGCUUUGGAUAAGUCCAAAUACAGGGAUGGUCUCCGAGCUGUUAGGAAAUAUAUUCCAAGACUUGAGCAGGAACUUGAACUGCUUCAGGCAAAGGCUGCAAGCAAAGUUGAAAACAAAAGCAAGGCUGUUGAAGAAACCCCCUUGACUGACAUUGACAGUGCUAACUGUGGAGGCAAUAUAAAUCCACAGUUGGAGGAUUCAGAUAAGUUGAGAGAGAUAAUGGAUAGAAAUGAUGAAUGCCCCGAGGAGGACGAUUCUUUGAUGGAUUCUGAUAUGGGUUCAGAUUCUGAAGCUCUUUCAGAUAUUUUUGAAACAGAUUCUGAGACAGAUACUGAAGAGGUAGAACAUCCCCUUUACUUAAAUGAGUUCGAAAAGUUUCCACUACAAACCAAUGCAAAACCGCAUGAUUUUGAGGAGCACCUGCGUCAAAUAUCUGCAGACUCGAAAAAGGCCAAAUCAUUGGAAAAGGAUGCAGAGUUACCCGACCUUGAUGAGGUUGAUCGGAUGUUUCUGCAAGCUGCUUCACUUCUAAAGAAAAAGAGGAAAUAGAAGAUUCAUAAACUAAUAGAAUUGAUCCAUCUCCCUUUUUAAGGUCAUGUUUGGCAACAAUUGCUAACAUCUUCUUGUGCAUAUUAUCAAUAACAUUUGUCAUUUCAGAACAAUUAAAUCUGUGGCAGUCUUUGUUUGGCUUAA